AUGAGGGUGAAACAGAGGAGAAGUUCUGUGCUGAAUGAAACAUCGGUAAAGUCCUGCACAAUACCUCAACGAUGUAUCUCUGGUUCCAUUAAUUUUGGAAUCCUCAGGGCAACAGUGAACACCAAGUGCUGUAGCACUGAUCUCUGCAACAAUCAAAGCACUCCUGCAUUGGCACAAAAUUCCCCAAAUGGGAAACAGUGCUUCAGCUGUGACCUCAAUAAUGACUGCACGUCAGUUAUUAACUGUCUGGGAAAUGAAAACAAUUGCAUCACGGCUACAGGUAAGAAUCUUUUGAGUAGCAAAGCAAGUUAAAUGCAUACAAAAUAGGGGGAAAUGGGGAAAAAAAUGAUGUAGCAAUGUAUGAAGUGGAACUAAAAUCAGACCAAGACUUCUGUUAAGAAUAGAUGAUUCAUUGGUAAAAAUCACAUCUCUGCUAUUUUUCCACAUCUUUUCAUAUGCAGAGCAAAAG